AUGCUAGAUGGUACAAUCUCCCAGAGUGGUUGCAUAUGGCACCAAGUACAACUUGCAGUCUUGGCCAAUGGCCAUCCCCAUUCCAUUCCUUUCCUAGUUUGCCCAAUUGGCAAUACCUUGGCUAUACUUGGCAUGACUUGGCUUACAGCAGAGGCUCCCCUUAUUGACUGGCAACAGGGAUUAGUCACAUUCCCUGAACAAGCACAAAUAGCCUUGGAAGAAGAAGCAGACCCUGACCCUCUGGCCAACCUCCCCACUCAAUACCAUGAGUUUGCCAAGACACAGAGUCCAGAGCGCUUAAACAGCACAUCAACAAAAAACUGGCAACAGGCAACAGGCAAGAUCUGCACUAGCACCUCCUUGGCUGGCACACCUGUGAUGUUUGUCAAGAAGGCAGAUGGAUCCCUUAGGCUGGUAGUAGACUAUAGGAAGCUGAACAAUGUAACACACAAGAAUGUCUACCCACUCCCUAGGCAGGACAACCUAAUGGCAAAACUAUGGCACACAAAGAUCUUCACAAAACUGGGCCUAUGCUGGGGUUACAACAACGUCAGAAUCAAGGAAGGUGUUGAAUGGAAAACAGCCUUCCACACAAAAUACGGCCUAUUUGAAUACCUUGUUAUGCCCUUUGGACUGACCAACACCCCUGCAGCAUUUCAACACUUCAUGAAUGAUCUGUUCAGGGACCUAAUCAACGUGACCAUGGUUAUUUAUCUAGAUGACAUCUUGAUCUUCUCAGAAAAGCCAGAAGAACAUCCUAGUCAUGUCAGGGAGGUUUUAUCCAGACUCCUGGCAAACCAGCUAUUCUGUAAAUUGUCAAUAUGCCACUUCCAUGUGACUACAGUUGACUACCUGGGCAUUGUCAUAUCACCAGCAGGUUUCUCCAUGGACCAAAAGAAGAUCAAGGCAGUCAUGUCAUGGCCCUAG